AUGGAUACCGUGAGAAGAAAUCCUGAUGCCAAUGUAGAUGAUAUUCAGUCAGAAUUUGACUACCAAAGUGAAGUCGAGCGAAGAAAAAAGAAACGAAAUGAUUUACUGGAGAAAGACUUCAGUUCACUGGAGAAGAGACCUGGCAGGAAAGAGGCAAAAGCAUGGUUUCAAGAAGAGCACGGUCGUAUGCAUAGUGAAGUCGAGCGCAGAAAGAAGAAACGAAAUGAUUUACUGGAAAAAGACUUCAGUUCUUUGGAGAAGAAACCUGGCAGAAAAGAGGCAAAAGCAUGGUUUCAAGAAGAGCAUGGUCGUAUGCAUAGACAAAUAACUCGGAUGAUGGCAAUGGAUGCAUAUUCUCGGCAUAAAGAACUUAUCAACUUGUACUAUCUUUCUCAUCCGGGUGCCACGAAUAUACUGCAACGUGAUACAAGCAGAGAUCGCACGGACUAUGAUGUUCUUAAGGAUAAUCACAAAUUCCUAUGGACUGAUGCAGAUGAAGCUGCUGUGGCAACUAAAUACUGUAUCGUCGAUCUCACUUACUUCAAAAAGAAUAAGAUUGCAAUGAGAUGGAGGACGGAAGCAGAAGUCCGUUCUGGUAAAGGGCAGUUCAUUUGUGGUGCUAAAAAAUGCCCUUCUCAAGAAGCCUUGGCUAGCUGGGAGGUAUGUGCUGCUUUCUCACAUGCAACACCAUCAUAUAUUAUAACAAUAGCAUAACA